AUCUUCCCUUUUAUAAGCACAUCGUACUGCGCCGUUGGGACUUCUUUGAGAUCGGGAGAGCCGGCGAAAUGGUGCAAAGGUUAACCUACCGGAAGAGGCAUAGCUAUGCCACCAAAUCGAAUCAGACCCGUGUCGUCAAAACCCCUGGUGGGAAGUUGGUGUACCAGUAUACACACAAAAGAGCCAGUGGACCCAAAUGCCCCGUGACUGGAAAGAGAAUCCAAGGGAUUCCUCACUUGAGACCCACACAGUACAGAAGAUCUAGAUUGUCUAGAAACCGGAGGACUGUGAACCGAGCUUAUGGUGGGGUCUUAUCUGGAGGUGCUGUCAGAGAGAGGAUUAUCCGAGCUUUCUUGGUCGAAGAGCAAAAGAUCGUGAAGAAAGUUUUGAAGAUCCAGAAGGCUAAAGAGAAGCAAAGCACCAAGAGCUAAGGCAUCAAACUAAACAAAAGUUAUGUCCGGAGCCUUUUAAUCUAGAAAUUUUUGUUUGACUCGGUGAACUUUGUCGGGCGGUGUUUAUACAUUGCUUCAAUAUGCUUUACUAGAAAGUCUAGAAUCAUGAGGACAAGCCAGUUCCGUCGUUGCUUAAUAUGGCGGCAAUGUUCGUUGUGCUUCGAUUAAUUUUCUCCUAUUGCAUUGUGUUCUUUCCA